CCUCGAAUCUUUCCCACUCUGCAUUUUAAACUUUCAAUCUUUGUUCUUUUGUUUAAAUCUCCUCAUCCCCCGCUUGUACAUUUCGUCCAACACCAUACGUGCAUAUACGAACAUUUCCAAAUCUUUAUAACACGGGUCCUCGUCGUCGGGAUCUUUCAUAAAUAUGGUAUUUAAUGCUUCAUGUUUCUUGAAUGAUUCCUGCCUCUGCUUGUGAUCACUGGCUCAACUCAACAGAAAUUUGGUGUGACAUUGUCUCCUGCAAAACAGGCUUUGAAUGGUGUUUUCAUGGAGAACAAAGAAAGAGAAACUAUGUCGAAAAUGGAUGACUAUGAAGUGAUUGAACAGAUUGGGAGAGGAGCUUUUGGGGCUGCAUUUCUUGUUCGUCAUAAAGCCGAGAGAAAAAAGUAUGUAUUGAAGAAGAUCCGUUUGGCUAAACAAACUGAGAAGUUCAAGCGUACAGCGCAUCAAGAGAUGAAUUUGAUUGCGAAGCUUAACAAUCAAUAUAUCGUUGAGCACAAGGAUGGAUGGGUGGAAAAGGAAUCUUAUGUCUGUAUUGUGACAAGUUAUUGUGAGGGAGGAGACAUGGCUGAGGUUAUAAAGAAAAGUAGAGGAACAUACUUUCCAGAAAAGAAGCUUUGCAAAUGGCUGACACAACUGUUACUAGCAGUGGACUACCUUCACUCCAACCGUGUCCUUCACAGGGACCUCAAAUGCUCCAACAUUUUCCUUACAGAACACAACGACAUUCGGUUAGGUGACUUUGGACUAGCAAAAUUUCUAAACCAAGAAGAUCUCACUUCAACUGUUGUGGGCACUCCAAACUACAUGUGUCCUGAGCUUCUUGCAGAUAUCCCUUAUGGCUACAAAUCAGACAUUUGGUCCCUAGGUUGCUGCAUGUUCGAAAUAGCAGCCCACCAACCUGCAUUCAGAGCACCAGAUAUGGCAGGAUUAGUCAAUAAAAUCAAUAGAUCUACCAUUUCUCCACUUCCAACAGUGUACUCACCUGCACUGAAGCAAUUGAUCAGAACAAUGCUACGAAAGAACCCGGAACACCGACCGACCGCUGCAGAGCUUUUGAGGCAUCCGCAUUUACAGCCAUAUCUUGCUCACUGCCAGAAUCUAUCUCCUGUUUUCCUCCCUGUGAAAUCCGAAGUGAACAGCGUCAAGGGGAAGCCUAAAGGAGGCCCUUCGCCUAACAAAUAUGGCAACGGGAAUCCACAAGGUGAAAGGACAAGCCCAUCAAAGGAAUUAACAACUUUCCAUGACAGCAAAACCGACGAUCCUGGUAACUCGAGAAUAAUCGUGGAGUGUACACCAAGCUUUCAUAGUAAAGAAGCACGGCAAGAACUUUCCUCCGAAAAGUUUAAACCGAACGAAGGAGCAGGUAAGGAAGUUAAGCAUGAUAAUGAAAGCCAUUGCAAGGGAUUGACAACGGUGGAUUCCAAAGGCAACAAAGGAGAUUUCGAGUUAUUUCAUGAACCAGAAACUCCCGAAAAGACAACAAUCGAGACUAGAUGGAGAUUCCAACCGGAAAACCAAGCUAAAACACUGGAAAAUCCGCAAGAAAGAUCGAUAAUGAGUACACUAACGAUGCUGCACGAUUACGAAAGAAAGAUCAAACAAGAUCCCCAGAGCCUACAAAGAGCUGAAGCAUUGGAGUCACUUCUGGAGAUCUGUGCAAGUUUACUUAAACAUCAAAGGCUCGAGGAGCUUGCAGGCGUUUUAAGGCCGUUCGGGGAAGAAGUCGUUUCAUCAAGGGAGACGGCGAUUUGGUUGACAAAGAGCUUGAUGAAUGCUAAAAACAAAAUCCCAGCAGAUCAUAGGAAAUGAUUUCAAGUUUUAACAAAUCCAACAACAAGCUACUCUAUGAUGUUUUCGAAUCGGAAAUAGAUUCAUAUGUAGUUUUUCUUCUUAGGUUUGCUUCACAUGGUCCUUCUGUGACAUUGGUUCUCAUAUGUUGCUUACAUUGUAAUGUUUAAUAGGCUUGUACUGACUGCAUUGUCUGUAAACUAUGGUCUUAGUUUUUAACCAUAGAAGCUGUGGGAUUUUGGAAAACGUUUGUGCUGUAAAUUGUUGUUUGAAAAUUGUGGAUGGAUUCGAGAAAAAUAGUUUCG